GAUUUGGACUUCCAGUGCUAACGGCUGCUCAACGUUUACUCCCUGCAGACUGAUACCAGUAAAUACAAAUAACUACAGCGGGUUAGCCUCCAGCUAUUUCAUUGAGUUUGUGCCGUAUUUAUGUCUUAUCUGUCACCAUUUAUAAAGCAGUGACUUAACUUGUCAGGCUAUGUUGCCGUUUGCUAACGCUACCACAAACUCGCCUGAAGCUGCUUUUUUGAGGGUGAGGGUACAUCCACAAGUCUAUAUUUGAGUCGAGACAGAGCGAUGUCUCCCGAUGAGCUGGUGUACUUGGGAAUUCUUGCUGCCUCCAUCCCUGUUGGAUUUCUCUUCCGUUACCUCAGUCCUCCGGUGAAGCAGGGGGCGUCUCUUCUUCUGGGCCUCUCUAUCGCCAUCGCCACUUGUCAAAUCCACACCCUCCACUCUCUGGUGACGGUGAUCGGAACAUGGAUUAUUAUAAAGAGCAGCUGGCGGCAUGCCCCAGCUCUAAGUCUCAGCUGGACCUUUGUCUACCUCCUCUUCUUCCGCCUGGUCACUUGGUUCGGUCUGCCACAGCCGACACCCUUUACUAACGCCAUCCAGCUACUUCUCACUCUCAAGAUGGUGAGUCUGGCGAACGAGGUGAAAAGCUUCCACAUGGAGAAGAAAAAGGACGUGAGCUCAUUUGCUAAGUCUCCCGUCAUUGGUGGCCUGUCUCAGGAGCCCUCCCUCUACGAUAUUCUGUCCUAUAGUUACUGUUAUGCCGGUAUAAUGACCGGUCCGUUCUUUCGCUUCCAAACAUACAUUGACUGGCUGAAGCAGCCGAGCCCGCUGGCCCUGCCCAGCUGGGUCCCGUGCCUGCAGCGUCUGAAGCUGGUCCCUGUCUACGGCGCUCUGUUCCUGGCCGUCAACUCCGUCUUCCCACUGGCCUACGUUCGCACAGAAGAGUUCCUGGAUCGCAACUUCUUCUUUAGGUUUUUCUAUAUGAUAGUAGUGUUCUUCGUGUUUCGGAUGCGUUUCUAUGCAGCGUGGUGUGGAGCUGAGGCGGGCUGUAUCAGUGCAGGUCUGGGCUGCUAUCCAGAAAAGGCGCUGUCCAAACCUGGAGGAGGACCCACCAUCAACUACAGUCCUGAUCCCUCCACUGAAGAGAAAUAUGACUUCAAAACCAUCCAGAACAUCGACUGCUACAAUACUGACUUCUGUGUGAAGGUCCGUCAUGGCAUGCGUUACUGGAACAUGACAGUGCAGUGGUGGCUGCAUCACUACAUCUACCCCAAUUCCCCCUUCAAAGCCUACGCUCUCAGGGCCGGCUGGACCAUGUUCAUCAGCGCCUACUGGCACGGACUACACGCCGGCUACUACCUCUCCUUCCUCACCAUCCCCCUGUGCAUCGCAGCUGAGUCUGCCAUGGAGGGCUCCGUCCGAGCCAAACUGGGUCCUUUUGGACAAAACAUCUUCGACUGGGUUCACUGGUUCUUGAAGAUGAGAGCGUACGACUACAUGUGCAUGGGCUUCGUGCUGCUGAAGGCCUCUGACACCAUCAACUACUGGUCGUCCAUCUACUUCACCAUGCACAUCAUCGCCGUUUGCUGCAUAAUAGUCGGCAGGGCUCUGAAGGGAGGGAAAAGGGAAGGUAAGAGAGGGGACAAGGAGGAGAAAAAAGAGGGAGAGAAGAUAGAAAAUGUGAAAACUGGAGAAAAAACAGACUAAAUGGAAGCUACAGAAAAGAGCUUGGUGGAUACUUUUUUUGGACAUGAGGAGGAGUUACUUCAAGACUAGAACAGUUAUUGAUCGCACCAACACUCAUAUUUCUAGUAACAAACAUCACACAGGUCCAAUAAGAUUUCUUGUGGAAAAAUGUUAUUCAAGGGAUAGUUUGUAUGUUAUCCUAGUCAGUGUAUUAACUACAGUAGAUGGUGGUCAGCACACCACGAGUUUGGAGAAACAGGCAAAAGUACAGACACAGAAGCUAAGAAAUGUACUGCUUUUGACGCAGGCAGCGGGAUAGAAUUUUAGCCACCUAAAAAAAAUCAAUAUCAGUUUAAGUGUAUGAUAUAUUUAGAAUAUUUCCACUGCUUUACCUUGCUGUCAGACAGCCCUUUAGGACAAGGAAGUGAAGCCAUUCUGCUCUCUCGUUAAAUCCACCAGACUCCUUUAACAAAAACAGCCAUGUUCCCCUUGCCGAACAUGAGAGUUGCUGCCUUGUUGGUAUUAUUGUGUGACUUUGGCUAAUUCAGAUUCACCAAAGUCACGCAAUAACACAAACAAACACACUGAUCAAGGCAGUGGAAGACCAGCAACUACUGUGUUCUGUGAGGUCAAGUAACUGUUUUUGUGAAUGGAGUCUGUUGGCUUUGAAGAGAGCAAACUGGGGGUGUGGCGACCACCAUCUACUGUAACACACUGACUAUGGGUAAAUACCUCAUACAACCCCACAAAAAACAGAACCAUCUCUUUAUGUAGUAAAACACAUGAAAGUGUGACAUGAAAAAUCUGGUUGAAGACAUUCCAUGUAUGUACAUAAAAGAACUGUGAA